GCCCACCCGCGGAAGCGGCGCUGCCAGCACCCAACCCACCCCGAAGGCUAGCGGCUCUAGGACCGCGCGGCUCGGGCCCGCUGGCAGCGCAUGCGCGGGGUGGCGUGCGGCGCCUGCGCCGUGUGGAGGGGAGAGGCUCGCCUGCAGGGUAUGCAGCAUGGCCCAAUCAGAGAAGAAAGGUGGGCUGCUCCGGAAGUCUUCAGCCUCCAAGAAGCCAUUGAAGGAGAAAGUUGUGUUGAUGUAUGAUGAGAUUUUCACGACAGAGGACCCCAGUAAAUGCAACCCUAGGUUUUGGGAAGAGCUGUUUCUUAUGAAGGUCAACUUGGAAUAUCUAGAAGGCAAGCUGGAGGCUCUCGAUGGGGAAGAGUUAAUGAAGAUAAAAGAUAACAUCAACUGCUUGUUUCAACACUGCAUCCAGGCACUGGGUGAGGAGCACCCAAUCAGAGUGGUCAAUGCAUUACAGACAUUGUGUGCAUUAAUUCGGGGUGUCCAUCAGAAGAACAAAUCCACUUCUGGGUUUGACAUCAUCAACAUGCUUGUGGGUUUCGAUAAGGCAGAGCUGUGUAUGAAGAAUCUGAUGGAGAGCUUGGACUCACUCCUCUGUGCAGAAGGCUCUGAAAGCCUCAAAAGCUUGUGUCUGAAGCUACUUCUCUGCUUAGUGACGGUGACAGAUAACAUCAGCCAGAACACCAUCCUGGAGUAUGUGAUGAUUAACAGCAUAUUUGAAGCAAUUUUACAGAUCCUGUCCAGCCCACUUAGUCGCAGGGAACAUGGCUAUGAUGCUGUUGUCCUUCUUGCCUUGCUGGUUAACUACAGAAAAUACGAGUCAGUGAAUCCCUACAUUGUGAAGCUCUCCAUUGUCGAUGAUGAGGCCACACUCAAUGGAAUGGGACUUGUAAUUGCCCAGGCUUUAUCAGAAUAUAACAGGCAAUACAAAGAUAAAGAAGAGGAGCACCAGAGUGGUUUCUUCUCAGCCCUAACUAAUAUGGUGGGCAGUAUGUUCAUAGCAGAUGCUGAUGAGAAGAUCUCAGUCCAAACAAAUGAAGCCAUCCUUCUGGCCCUCUAUGAAGCUGUUCACUUAAACCGGAAUUUCAUCACAGUUCUAGCACAGAGCCAUCCUGAAAUGGGGCUGAUGACAACACCAACAAGCCCAAUUCCAGCAACACCUGUUACUCCACUUGGAACCACCCCACCUUCUUCAGAUGUUAUAAGCUCUGCAGAACUGCCUUUGGAUGCUGAUGUGCAAACCAGCAACCUGCUGAUAACCUUCUUGAAGUACAGCUCGAUUGUGAUGCAGGACACAAAAGAUGAGCACCGGCUACACAGUGGCAAACUGUGUCUGAUUAUCCUGACAUGCAUAGCAGAGGAUCAGUAUGCUAAUGCUUUUCUCCAUGAUGACAACAUGAAUUUUCGAGUAAACCUACACAGGAUGCCAAUGAGACAUAGAAAGAAAGCAGCAGACAAGAACCUGCCCUGUCGCCCACUGGUGUGUGCAGUGCUUGAUUUGAUGGUGGAAUUCAUCGUAACACACAUGAUGAAAGAAUUUCCUAUGGAUCUCUAUGUACGGUGCAUUCAGAUUGUGCACAAGCUGCUGUGCUACCAGAAGAAAUGCAGAGUGAGGCUUCAUUACACUUGGAGGGAGCUCUGGUCAGCUUUGAUCAACCUGUUGAAGUUUCUCAUGUCUAAUGAGACUGCGCUGCUGGCCAAGCACAACAUCUUCACCCUUGCCCUUAUGGUUGUGAACCUGUUCAACAUGUUCAUCACUUACGGAGACACCUUUCUUCCCACUCCCAGCAGCUAUGAUGAGCUGUAUUACGAAAUCAUUCGGAUGCAUCAGAAUUUUGACAACCUUUAUUCUAUGGUUCUAAGGCUGUCUACCAAUGCUGGUCAAUGGAAAGAGCCUGCAAGCAAGGUGACUCAUGCGUUAGUCAAUAUCAGAGCCAUCAUCAACCACUUCAACCCGAAGAUAGAGUCUUAUGCUGCCGUGAAUCACAUAUCUCAGCUCUCUGAGGAUCAGGUUUUGGAAGUGGUGCGGUCCAACUAUGACACGCUGACCCUGAAACUGCAGGACGGACUGGACCAGUAUGAGCGCUACUCGGAGCAGCAUAAAGAGGCUGCAUUCUUCAAAGAGCUGGUUCGGUCCAUCAGCAUCAAUGUGAGGAAGAACCUGGCUUUCAACACGCUGAGCCAGGAACUGCUGCUGAAGGAGUUCUCUACAAUCUCUUGAAGUGGGGACGCUGCCACUGCGCGGGGCUGACCAGAGAUGGGCCUGUUUGGGCAGGGACACUACAGAUCUGCAGCCAGUUGCCCCUUGCCUCCCGCCUGCAGAAGGGACUGCAUUUCUUUUAGGGGAGAGCCUUGCUGCUGUGUGUUUGAUCCCAAAGGCAUGUGUUUCAACAGGACUGGGGCUGAAGAGAGUGAUGGGCAUGUUGAGGAGAAGGAGGAAGCAAUUCUGUAAGGUGCAGUGGGGAUGGGCAGCCAUUCCUGUGACAUAGCAAUAGGGAUUCCCUCCACAGCCUCAGGGAAGAUGCACUGGAAAGCUUUGUAGCAGAGCUGGGGAGAGCUCACAACCAAAAUAAUAAAGCCAGUCCAGCUGUGUGAGACA